UAAUUAUUUUUAUAUGUGAAACUAAAAAAAAAAAACAACUCAUUUUAAUAUGUAAAAAAAUUUACUAUACUAAUACAUUUUUCAAAAAUUUAAGAGAGUUGUAGUAUUUUCACGCGUUGAAUGAAAUCUACAAAAAAAAAAAUCAGACCAUGUGUGACUUUACUAGCUUUAGUGUCCACACAAAAUUAAUUUGCUCAGUUUAAUCAUUCCACUGAUUGCGACUUACACUGUUGUUUGGUUAUACGUUUAAUAUCGAUGUGUAUUCGAUUAAAAAUGGACAGUGGAAAUGAAACGUAUAAGGCGUAUGAAAAUUCAGGAUAUGAUGUUUGUGGAUUUUACUGUUCGACGUCUAAUGACCAGCAGCCUAGAAUUAAACUCUCUAAACACAAAGAGUUUGCCGAUUAUAACACUCGUUUAAAGACUUUUGAAAACUGUCCAAAAAAAUUGGAAUCAAAAAUAUCAACACUUUGUGAUGCUGGAUUUUUAUACAUAGGUAAUGGACAAAAUGAUCAAAUGUUAUGUUACUGCUGCAGUCAAGGUUUGAAAGAUUGGGAUGAUGAAGACGACCCAUGGGUAGAACAUGUACGUUGGUCUCCUAGCUGUACACAUAUAUUGUUAUGUAAGGGUCAGUUAUUUAUCCAAAAUAAUAAAAUAACGAAAUAAGACUACUAUUAUUUGUUAUUUUGAUUUUCAUAUAAAUAAUAC